CUCAACACAGUUCGUCAGACAAUUUUGAAAGGUUUCGAAGAAUACUUCAGAUCAUCAUACAAAAUGCAGAAAUAUUUGGUAGUAUUUGCGGCUGCUCUGGCGCUUGUUGCCGCUGAAUCUGUAUUAGUAGAAGAUGAAGAGGGAAGACAGUUUUACCUCACUCCCGUGUCAAGCCGCCAGAGAAGGCAAGCUGAUGGCCCUAAACUUUUCGGUGAGGGCGGUGGAAACGGAAAAUCCCAAGGUGGGUUCCUCAAAUUGGAGAAUCCUAACGGUUCCGGAGGUAGUCUUGGUUACGGACAUACCAACGGCUUCGGGCACGUAGUCAGCGCUGAUGCCAUGGUGCCAGUUUGGUCCAACAAGAACAGGUAUGGGGAGUCUACCUUCAACGUCGGAGGAGGUGCCACUCGUAAAUUCGGCGGCUAUGGAGGAAAUAUGAAUUUGGACAAGAGAGUUGGAAUCAGUUUUAACCACAGAUGGUAGACGGCUAUUAGAUUCGUUGUUAAUUAUUUAUGUAAAUUAUUUAUUGUUAAUACAUUAUAGUAGUAAAACGAAAGU